ACCCGCUGGAAAAGGGGAAAAAAAUGGCGGACAGCCUUGCUUGGCGAUCCUCGUGAAAUGGUCGAUCGACCCCAAAUGGGGUCGCGACCCAUAGGUUGAGAACCGCUGGUCUAUAGGAAAUUUACUCAUAGAUAGCAAGUGCAAUCAGGUCUUCAAUCCAUUGAGUGAAAAGAGGCAUACAUUUAUCUUUCCAAUGCUGCAAUAUUAGUCUUUGGCCUUAAUAAGAGCAUGGAGAAUGAAUUCACCUUGUCUUGUUCUCAAAUUCCAUGAAUUAAGAUAUGUAAUUCAAGAGAAUAUUACCCUCUGAGAAUUUUAGUUUUAGUUGUACAAUCAUAUAUCAUCCACUACUUUCUCCCAAAGAUGUAGCUAUAAGACAUUGCAAAAACAUCCAUUUUAAAGAAAUGCUACCAUUAUUACAUCUGCAAUAAAAUGCUGUUUUUGAUAGUCCAUUCUAUACAACGUAACAGUCCAAUAAAUUCUAAACAUUUUUGUUGUAUAAGUUGUAAUUGGAGGUCCAUUGACAUUCUUGCUAUAGAAGUUAAGAUAGUCUCCCAUUAUUUAGAUAACAUAGGAAUGUCUAAUUCUAUUUUCCACUCAUUUUUCAACAUUUGCUAUUGAAUUGAUUUUUUAAUAACAAAUAUCUAUAAAAAGUAAUAAUAGUUUUUUUUAGUUUUAAAGGAUUUAACAAGUUGUUCUAGUACCUCAGGUGCCUUAGAAACAAAAUGCUGCUCUUCCAAAUAAUGUUGUUAGCAAAUGUUAUAAUUCUAAAUAUUGUCAUUGACUUAUAUCUGAUAGAUGAUUUAUUUAUCUUUGUACAUAGGAUAAGUUAAAAAUUCAUCUUUAUCAUCUAUCAGUUGGUCCAAAGUCAAUAUGCCAGCUUCUAAGCUGUUUCUGUAUUUGACUUUCCCAUGCUUGUUUUUUAAAAUAAUAUUUAAGAAUUAUUGAAGUAGUAUUCUGCUCCUUAAAAAUGAUUUACAGAAUUAAAAUAAUAUACUUUCAUACUGAAAUCUGUCAGCAACAAAGAUCUCAAGAAGCCAUUAUUUAAGCAGUUGAUGAAACCAAAGAACUAUAAAUGCCCAGAUUACCGAAGUCUUCAGAAAGAUUUAGUAACCAUAACUAGAGACUGCCUAUCAACAACCAGGAAUAUAUGUAACUUACAUUAAACCAGUUUUUCUUUUUAAAAAUAUAUAUGAAGAAGUAGUAGUUGUGCAGACUAUCACAGCAAGUCCAUCAUCCAAUUAAAAAAUGUUUUUGCCUAUUAAAUGUUGGCUAAUACACGCAUUCAAUAGUUUUCAGCUUAGCAUAGAACAAUUUAUUAUCUAAUUAGCUGUGUGUAAUAUUUUGAUUUUAACUAAAAUGUUUAAAAUAUACAGAUAUACAUAUUUAUUAAAAAUAAACAACAUAAAAACUAAUAACUAAUACAAAGUAAAGAAAAGACAGGAACAAUGACAAAGAAAAAAUAAAAAAUGCAAACAGAAAAAUCAAAGUUGCUGAUUUCCUUUUCAGCAAGUAUAAUUACAAAUAAAAAACUAUCUCUUACUCUGUGGUUACAAAAACAUUCUCUUUAUUAUAUUACCUAUUUUUUCUAAUUAUCAAAUCUGUAAGUCAAGUUCAUUAUUUUCUGUUUCACACAAAAAGUCUAUAAGGGGCUUUUACUCAAAAAAUGACAUCUUUUCUCUAAUUAAAGAAGUCAAUUUAGCUAUCUUUGCAAAUUCCAUCAUCUUCACAACCAUUCCUCAAUUGUGGGCAAUUUGAGUCUUUCCACUUUGAUACAUAUUUUGUACAUAUAUUCUUGCUGCAGUUGUAUAAAAAUAAAGUCCCAUGACUUUUUUUCCAGUUCUUUGUCCGUCAGUCUCAAAAGAAAACCCCUGGGUUCUGUUGUAUGUUAAUCAUCAAAAACUUCUGCAGCAGUGUAUUCAUUUGCACCCAUAAUUUUCUGGCUUUUUUAUAUCCACUAAAUAUAAUAAAAUGUCCCUUUAUGUUGUUUACAUUUCCAACAUAAAUUUGAAAUACAUCCUAUGCAGUUUUUCUGGUCACAUAUAACGAUUAUCCAUAAUUUUAUAGAAAUUCUCUUUGUUAUAACAAAAUGUAAAUUUCAUCUUGUCAACCACUUAUUUUCCAUUUGUAAAGAGUUCUAUUUCCAAUUCAGUCUUAUAUGUUCAUACAUUCUUUUAUCUAUUUUAAAGCUUUUUGAUAAUUAUGUAUAGGAGAGCCAUUGAUAAGUGUAUCACUUUGCUAUUACAUCUUCUCUUGACUUUAGAGAAGAGCCAGAGAGGUGUUUUCGGACAAAAUCUGGGUGUAUAUCUAUUCCAUAUUCUCAAUAUGGUACAACUAACAUAAUGAUUUUUAAAAUCUAUGUUAACCUUAGUUUUAUCAUAUGAUAAAUAAUCAUGCCAUCCAAAUCAUAGAUUGUAUCCUUCUAGCUCCAGCUCCAAAAGUCUUUUAUUUCUCAGCAAUGCCCACUUUUCAUCCAAAAUAAACAACAAGCAGCAAAAUGCAGUUCUGUUCUUUUUGUAGAAGAGGAGGCAGAGUCAAGAAGGGAAUCAACCUGGAGUCGUUAUGUUCCCACAAUUGGUCCAAGUCCAGCUCUUCUUGAAUUCUAUUAACUCUUAUCUAGUGGCAAUUUAGUGCUGACUGUUAGUCGACUAGAUUCUUGUGUAUAGGCAAGAGUAAUAAAUCAUCUUAACUAGAACUUAAUAUGUGGGCCUGAUUCUUCAUGCCUGACAUUAAUAAAUUAAGGAGAGGCAGAGCCUGGGGGUAGAGUCAAGAGAGGAGUCAGCACUAAGUUGGCGCUAGAUAAGAGUUAAUGGAAUUCAAGACUGGCUACCCUUGAACCUCCUUGGGGCUGUAAUGACUCCAGGCUGAUUCCUCUCUUCAUUCUGUCUCCACGCUCUGCCUCUCCUUCUCCCACACUUUGCUCUGCAUCUUGUAACACCUUACAUUUAACUAGUGGCUUUUCCCCUUUUUAUACAAAGGUAUGUAUGACCACAAGGGUGCUUCAACUCUACCCAUCAGCUUAUUUCCCCCCUUAUGUAGCUCCCAGCAUCCUGAGGCCCCUGCCAGGGUACCCGGUCUUUGCUGUUUUCCUGUUGCCACUACUAACCAAGCAUGACUCUUUGUGAUGCAGUUGCUAGCCACACAAGGCUUUUUUCCUCAGCAGUUUCUUCAUAUGACUUGGGGGAGAUGGCCUCAUGUGUCCAGCAGCUGCCUUGUGAAAGACCAGAGUGGGUAUGCCUUGUCAGCAGUGGGAGAAAGAAGAUGGCAAAUAUCAGUUGGAGUAGCAGAGCUCAGGACAGCAGGGGCCCCAGAGUGCGAGAUGAAGAGGCUACAGAAAGAGCUGUUAGCUUUGCAGAAUGACCCGCCAGCAGGAAUGACCUUGAAUGAAAAGAGUGUACAAAAUUCAAUUACACAGUGGAUAAUAGACAUGGAAGGGGCUUCUGGAACAUUAUAUGAAGGGGAGAAAUUUCAACUGCUAUUUAAAUUCAGUAGUCGGUAUCCAUUUGAUUCUCCUCAGGUUGUGUUUACUGGUGAAAAUAUUCCUGUUCAUCCUCACGUUUAUAGCAAUGGACAUAUCUGUUUAUCUAUUCUAACAGAAGACUGGUCUCCAGCUCUUUCAGUGCAAUCAGUUUGUCUUAGCAUUAUCAGCAUGCUCUCAAGCUGCAAAGAAAAGAGAAGACCACCAGAUAAUUCAUUUUAUGUAAGAACAUGUAACAAGAAUCCAAAGAAAACAAAAUGGUGGUAUCAUGAUGACACUUGUUGACACCAUCAUUCUAUGACUUUCCUAACAGAAGAUAGUCCUACUGAGAAAAUGAGCACUUUGAUCAUUCAGUCUUUGAACUUUAACCUCCUGACUGGAAAUGAUAAAUAGGCGAUGAAGACUACUUCCUUUGACUGAAUUUUUACUAGUAUGCAUUCUGAGCACAUGUUGAUUGCUGGUUCACACCAUGCUACUGACAUGCCUUUCGUAGUCAUACAACGUUAAUGCUGGAAAAUGUCAUUCAGUUUUAACAUUUGGAAGAAUUCCAGGUCUUCAUGUAUUGUGCAAUAAUACAAAUUUCUUGGUGGUUUUGGUAUACCCAUUGCCGCAAAAGAUUGUUUCAGGAAACAUAUAUGCUUUCCAAACAAUACUUUAGAUGCAUGAUAGGGCCUAUGAAAGGUUUUAAGUAUAUUAGGAUGAUAAGUAACCUAUCUUUUACUUUGAAAGCCACCUAAUUUGUUUAGAUAUGGAUUCUGUGCACUGUGAUCAUACAGUUAGCAGCAUAAGUUAAAACAUGCUUAACUAAGAAAUUAGUAAGAUCAUUGCAUAUUUACUGAACUGUCAGUGUCUUGACAAGCAAGUUUUUUCAAGUUAUGUCAGCAGAGAGGUACGUUCUGUGGUAGAUAAAUAUCUUUUGUUUUAUAUAUGUUAUGUUUCUGAAGAAAGGUAUGAAUAAAUAAGGCAGAAGUGGUUUAAUCAAGGAAAACUUCAUUAUGAAAUAGAAACAGGUAGCAGUGAUAAAACUGAAUUUGCUGCAGUCCAUGAUUGGGCUUGUUAAUAUGUAUACUAGAGCUAUAUUCCUAGUAGAUUGCACACUUUUAUUUCAUACUAGCCUUCAGCAUGAGCCCUGUUGCCUACAUAAUACUUCAUUUAUUUAUGUGUCUAGAAAUUUUUGAGUUCACCAUUUCUUUUGUGGUCUUAUAUGUCAUAUUUGAAUGUUACAAAACAAUAUUUUCACUGAAAAGCUAUCAGAAGAUAUUUUCUUGUAAAAUAUUUCUUUAUUAACAUUUAUCUUGUCUUUUAAUUCUGUACCAUAAAGGAAGAAAUACAUUUUGGACAGAGAUGAACUGUUUUGACAAAAAAGUGUGGAUCUUUUUAUUUAAACUUAAGACAAAUAUAUAUAAAUAUAUAUAUUUUUCUUACCUUAUCCCAUACAGCCAUAACAAUUUUCCAGGUUUUCUUUAAAGAUAUGACAAAAACUAGAAUUACCUUUUAUACAGAAAAACAAUUGUUAAACAAUAGUGAAUUGAUCUUCACCUAUAUGUAAUUUUAUGAUACUGGAUCUAGGCUGUCUUUUUAGGAAGCAAUGAUGUGUCUUUUAUAAACUUGCUACCUUUACACAUAUGCAAACUUUCUAUUUCAAUGCUCUUUUUAAUGUUGCCUUAUUGUUGCACUAAAAAAUCAAAUCUAGUAGUCAAUAAAUGAAUGUUUGAACUACAGAGUAAACCUCUUACUUGAUUUUUAAAGUAAGAAUCAUAUAAGCAAAACCAAUCUCCCAGGAUUAGCUGAAAAUACUCUAGUGUGUGUGGAUUUUUUUUAACUGCUGCAUUGAAUCUUACAAAUUUUAUAGAUAUGUAUAUAUUGCUGUAGCUAUAUUUAAAAUCAAUAUAAUUGCUAAGCUCAGGGGUGGGAAGAAAUCAAAUGAAAGAAAAAGAGGUGUUCUGUCCAGGCACUGAAUUCCAAAUUAUUGUUAGAGCAAUGUUAUCUUUUUUGUUUUAAAGAAAAUUAUUGGCCUCUUAAUCAAAAAUAAGAUACUGUGGGAAAACUUGUAUAUAGAUGUUUAUAUUUCUUCAUUGCAUUUAUUAAUGUUACUAUAAUAAUUUUUGUUCAAACCAAAAAUAAUUUUGAUGUUGAAAUUUGUAUUCCUCCUUGCUUUUCUUCUUUUCCCAUUUGUAAAUUAAAUUGUGAAAACACGUUAAGUGUAUACAUGAAGGGUACCACUGAAUAUUUAAAUGGAAUCGUCAUUUCCACAAUUCACAAAAACUAUGUAUUCAUACAUUUAGAUAAUGUCAAUCUGUUCUGUAAUUCACUAUGAACAACCUCCAUAUGUCUAGAGGUUCAAUUUCUCAUCUUAAAGAUUAAUGCAACUGUUUCCAUAUAAUAGCUGAUUUUUAAAGGUUGGUUACACAAUCCAUGUUUUAGUUUUGCAUGUGUUUUAUUUGCCUAUAGAUUUCUCAGUUUGGAUUAAAUCUAAAUUGCUCAACAAAA